AUGGAUUCGACUGCUGACAAGAACAAAGAUGGUCAGGAAGACAUGAUGGCGAUCGAUGAAACUCCGAUCCAGCAGGACGUGGCUGUCAAAAGAAAAGGGAGAGGAUUCAAAGCUGGCGAGUCCAAUGAACCUAUGGAACUUGAUCCGUCUAAUGGCCAACAAGUUGUCUAUGAUCGAUUGGACGAACAGCAGAUGAAGGAGAAGGAACAAACCGCUGGAAACGCAGCUCGAUCGGUGGAAGGAUGGGUGGUGAUCGUACAAGGUGUUCACGAGGAAGCUACUGAAGAAGAUUUGAUGGAAAAAUUCAGCGAUUACGGACAUGUUAUGAACCUAGCGAUGCCACUAGAUCGUCGAACGGGUUACGUCAAGGGGUACGCUUUAGUCGAGUACGAGACACGAAAAGAGGCCGAGAUGGCCAUAAAAUCAGGCACAGAGAGCAAACUAUUGGACCAAACAUUGAAGUGUGAUUUUGCGUUUGUGAGGGCUCCCACCGGCGCUUCUGCUCCCGUCGGUCAACCUAAAGUUCGUCGAGGAGGUAGAAGUAGGAGUCCACCUAAAAAACCUCUCGUUAAUCGAAUUGAUUAA